AUGGCGGUCCCCGUGCCUGAUGUGCCGCUCAUGAAAAUUUUCUCCUUCCUGGACGCAUUCAGCUUGCUCCAGGCUUCCGGAGUGAACAGGCUCCCACAGACCCAGUGCCCGGAUUUCAGCUGCCUCUGCGACCAGGUGGAGCGCCAGCUCGCAGAAGAGCGGAGGGAUGCGCUGGGUUUUGGGGGACCACCUGCUUACCUCUUCCUUUCUCCCCCUCAGUGCUGGAACAGGCUUGCAGAGAAUGACCAGCUAUGGAGAAACCUGUGUCUGAGGAAAUGGAGCUUCUGCAGCUUCUCCCCGUGCCUGGGCUCACAGACCUGGAAGCAGUUUUUCUUCAGACAAACAAAGCUGGAACACCGUAUGGCGCGGGUGAAGCCAGAGGACUUUAUCUUCAGAGAAGCAAGUGGGAACCUCGGAAUCUUAGGACCUAUGGCUUAUCUGUCAGGAUAUGGCCACGCAGUGGGUGGAGAGGAGAAGUCAGUCAUUUGUACAGUGUCAUCAAAGCACAUGCUUUACGCCUGGGACCUGCAGGAGGGCACUAUGAUCUGGUCCAGCCCCACCCAGCAGUCGAGCAUCAUGCGUCUGGCAACCCUCCCUCAGAUGCAUCUUGCGUUCACUGCAGAUUUGGAGGGAACAGUCAAAGUGUGGAAUUGUCAGGAUGCGGAAGCCCUGGCUACUCUCACCAUGCCACAGGCCUGUUUUUCCUUGGAAAUCUGUCUCACAAAAGAUGGCCCCUUCCUGAUGGUAGGCAACUCUGAAGGUGACAUGUACACACUGACCGUGCCGGAGCUAAGGCAUGUCUCUAAAGUCAAUGCAUUCAAAUACAGUGUUGACCUCCUACACUGCUCUCCUGACAAGAAAUGGAUCUUUGCAUCUGGGACACAUCAGAAUAUCUUACCAGUGGUGUUCCUCACAGAGAGCUUGCUGAAACCGGCAGAAGGCAAAAGCCCUCUGUCCCUCUCUAUCCCAUAUUCAUCGUGCUGCAGGGCCUGCUGGGCCCCAAGGAGGACAAGCAGGAUAACAGUGAUGUAUCGAAGAGGCUCUUUCAGAAAGACCGGAUUUACCACCUUCGAGCUAACAGCUGAGAGGACGGGGGACCAAACAGACAUCCAAGCCCACCAGGUUGCAACUUUCCUGUUGCCGCCUCACAUGGAGAGUCCUGUGUGGAUGGGAGUCGGAGACGGAAAUGUGAUCGUCUUUGAGAGCGGGCCGUCCUUAUUCCUCUUCACCAUCAGUGGCCUCCUUCUGCAACGAUUUGAGGACCACCAGAGGACCAUCGGCAACUUAUGGGUGGAUUCUGUGCACGUCCUCAGCACGUCCAUGGAUGACUCUCUGCAUUUGUACAUGUGGGAAGAGGAAGGCCGUUACCCAUACCUCAAGAGCUGCUGCCACCUGGAGCACGUGGGCAGUGACUCGGCGCCGAGCUGCUAUGUCUCCAAAGCAAUAUGCGAUAACAUGAGCAUCGUAUGUGUGGUGUCGAGACUUCGUGAAUCCAGCAUUCUGGUGAUGUAUUCUUUGCGUAUGUAAUGUGGAAACUAAUGGAAUUAACCUUACAUCAUCUCUCUCAAUGUAGU